CAAAGGUCAUCGACAAGCAGCCCAAGUCCGCUCGUCCUCCAUCAACCGCAGCAGCAUGCGUCGUCUCGACCUCCUCUGCCUGCUCUUUGCUACGCUCUACGCUGGAAUCCAGGCGUCCUGGUUCUCCUUCGGUCCGACCCCAUCGUCGCGACGCCUCGAUGCAAGUGCGACGCCAGUCGUUACGUCGACCAGCGUCGUCGUGGGCCGAACGACGAACCUCUCGAUCGUGUUUGCGUUCACGCAGCCGAUACCUGUGAACGCGACGCUCGCGCUCCAACUGCCGCCGCCGUACGCCUAUGUGAACAUUGCCCCGUCGCCACCGUUGCUCGCGAUUACGAGCCAUGACACAACUGGCGCCAAAGUCCUUCGGCCCAGCAGCACGACGCUGGACUUUGUUGUCGGCAACACGGCCGCGAUCGCUGCAGGAACAGAGGUCACCAUUACGCUACUCAACAUCCAAGUCCCUCCGUCCACGGGCGUCCAAGACACAUACACCGUCACGCUGCUCGAUAACCAGAGCCAACAAGUCACUGUCACGAGCACCCUUGGCAGCGUUUUGCAGUCGGCGCCAUUGAGCCUCGGGUACCUCGGUGUGCAGUCGCUUCGCGCCGGCCAAGACGCCGGUCUCAUGGUUGUUUUUUCGACUGCAGUCGAUAUUCCAUCCAACGGAGAGGUGGUCGUGUCGUUGAACCCAUCGUACCAACUGAGUACCAACACGGCGCUGCACAUGCUCAGCCAAAAUGGCAACUACUCGAUGACGCAUGCGUCCAGUGUGCUCAAGAUCCAGCGCCGUGGCGACGGCAGCACGAUCCCGAGCGGCUCCACGGUCGCGUUCUGGCUCAGUAGCUUGCUCAACCCUCCGACAGAUGGCAUCGUCGCGAGCCCCGGCGUUGUGAGCACCGCGACAAGCGAAGGGUACCUCUUGGAGUCCACGGCCAUGUCGUCCCUGCCCAUCUAUUCGGCUGCCGUCAACUGCCUUGGACAAUGCUCUGCAGGGUUUUACGCGUCGGCCUUUAACGCGUCCAACGACGUCUGCACGGCGUGCUAUCCUGGCGCGUACUGCACGGGCGGGUGUGCACCGCCGACAGCAUGUCCCAUUGGUACGUUUUCGUCGAUUGCGCUCGCCACGACCGCGUCGACGUGCACGGCCUGUCCGAGCGGCUCGACAGCGCUCACGCCCGGAUCGACCGCCUGUACUUCGUGCCCCGCGGGCUUCUCCUGUGCGAACUCAGCCCAAAGCCCGACGCCGUGCGCCGUUGGCUCGUUUAGCAUUGGUGGCGCUGCGACCUGCGCAGCAUGUCCUGCUGGCUCGAGCUGCGCGACGACGUCCGCCUCACCGACGCCCUCCGUGUGCAAUCCCUGUCCGGCGGGCCAAUUUUGCGCCGACCCGACGCACGCACCAGUUGCCUGCGCCUCGGGCACAUACGCGACCGGAGGGGCAGCGUCGUGUACGCCGUGCUUGGCUGGCCAAGCAUGUCCUGUCGCGGCGGCUGCGCCCAUUGUCUGCGGCAGCGGAACGUACUCGCUCGCUUUAGCACUUACCUGCACCAUAUGUCCUGCUGGCUCAAGCUGUGUCAGUACAAACGCGCUGCCACUGCCAUGCCCGAUCGGGACUUACGCGCUCCAAGGGUCCCUCGCGUGCACACCGUGCCCCGCAGGUUUCUCGUGCGCGUUGACAACGGCGGCCCCCGUGCCGUGCGCGACAGGUUACUUUAGCUUGGCAGGCAACGGCACGUGCUCGGUGUGCCCCGCGGGGUAUACGUGCGCGGGAAAUACGCUUCAAGGUUGUCCCAGUGGCAGCUAUAGUCUUCCGGGGAACACGAGCUGCAUUACAUGCCCCGCCGGUGCGGCGUGUGCGUCAAUGUUGCUUCCACCAGUGCCAUGUACGCUGGGAACGUACGCCGCGGCGGGCCAAGUGUCUUGCUCGUCGUGCAGCCCCGGUUUUAUGUGCCCGGUCCCUACCCUCGUGCCGCAACCGUGUAGCACGGGGUACUACUCGAACGCUAACAGCGCCAACUGCACCGUGUGUCCCGCGGGGUCGUACUGCGCUACGACGUCGAUGCCACCUGUGCCUUGUACCCCGGGCACCUACAGUCUUGCAGCAAGUACAGCGUGCACCCCGUGCCCCGCUGGCAUGCAAUGUCCUACAUUGUCGGCGGCCCCCAUUGCGUGCAUUGCUGGUACCUUUAGUGGUGGGAGUCAGACCAGCUGCACCUUGUGCUCGGCGGGCACCAUGUGCCCGACAACGACCUCGCUUUUGCCGCUGCCGUGCGCGCAAGGAACGUACUCGAUCGCUGGUGCCACGUCAUGUACAUCGUGCCCCGUCGGCAAGUACUGUCCGUACACCAACCAGUCGGUCGCGCUCGCGUGCGCCCCAGGAACGUUCUCUGUUGGCCUCGCAAGUGCCAACUGCACCGAGUGCCCAAGCGGAUAUCAGUGUCCCGCUGUCGAUGGCACCAACAAUGCUCCGUGCACAGCAGGGUACUUCUCCACCGGGGGUGCGACAGCUUGCACCAAGUGCCCUGCGGGGUUUGCAUGCCCGUCGACCGACUCGAGUAUUCAGCUUCCGUGCUCGCCCGGCUACUAUAGCAUCGGCGGCCAAACGACAUGUCUACCAUGUCCCGCGGGCUUUGCUUGUGCGGAUCCGACGUCGAGUGCAAAGACGGCGUGUGCGUUUGGGACGUUCUCUGGUGGUGGCCAAGCCAGCUGCACGCCAUGUCCCGCCGGGUUUCUCUGUCCGUCGGUGAGCAACUGGAGUAUUACACCCUGCGGUCUCGGUCUCUACUCGCUAACGGGCCAGGGGACGUGUACGUCGUGCCCAGCAGGGUACAGCUGCAGCAACCUCACAACCACGCCCCAGCCGUGCGCACCGGGGUACUACUCGCUCGCGGGCUGGACAACGUGCUCGCCUUGCAUGCCAGGAUACGAGUGCCCGCACCCGGACCAGCCGCCGCAGCCAUGCCCCAUUGGGUAUUGGAGCCCCGGCACGAUCUUGAACUGCUUGGAGUGCAACCCUGGCUACCGCUGCAGCCUGGCAUCGACAUCACCGACCCCUCCGGCCGAUGCGUGUCCGGCGGGGGGCUAUUGCAAUCCACCGACAACGUUCUUCAUGUGCCCGCCAGGCACGUAUGGCAACACCACGGCCGGCGAGAGCGUCAACCAAGCCUGCGCGCCAUGUCCGCAGGGGUUCGCUUGCGGAAGCGGAAGCACCGCGGUGUCUAUGGUCCCGUGUCCUCCAGGUUUUUACUGCCCCGUUGGCACGCCGUAUAGCUCUGCGUUUCCGUGCCCCGCUGGACAGUACAACCCCAACCCGAAUGCAGGUUCUAGCAUGGCCUGCGUCAACUGCCCCGCUGGGUCCUACUGCCCCGCAGGCAGCCCACUACCAGUGGUUUGUCCGUCCGGGUCAUAUUGCCCGGCAGGAACGCAAAGCGCAACGCAAUACCUCUGCCCCGCGGGGACGUUUGGCGGCAACAACACGGGCAUCGUCUCGGGGUCGCAGUGCGUCCCGUGCACGGUAGGCAACUAUUGCCCGCAAGGCUCCGUGAGCCCGACGCCGUGCCCCGCCGGCCGCUACAACCCCUCAACAAGUGCAUCUGGACUGUACGAGUGUCUCCUAUGCCCGCAAGGCAUGUCGUGCCCUCAUGUCGGUCAAAUCGCUGUCACCGAUCCGUGUGCCCCGGGGCACUACUGCCCCGUCGGAACGGUCUCGGCGAUAUCGUAUCCGUGCGCCGCCGGCACGUACACGGACGCGAUCUCGCUUGUGCGUGUCACUGACUGUACUAUCUGUCCCGAGCGCUAUGCGUGUUUGAGUGGCACGGGCAACAACAUGCUCCAGAUGCUGCCGUGUGCUGCUGGCUUCUUUUGCCCGAAUGGCACUGCGUUUCCUAAACAGUUUCCGUGUCCACCGGGGUACUGGAGCAGCCUUGGCAGUCUUGCGGCCGCGAGCGAGUGCACGAUUUGCCCACCGGGGUCCUACUGCGCCGGUGGCAACUCGGUCAUUGAUGGCCCGUGUGGUCAAGGACACUACUGCCCGAUUGGCACGGCGUUGCCGACCGCGUACCCGUGCCCUAGCGGCACGUACACGGCGCUGACCAACUUGACCGACCCGACGCAAUGCACUGCGUGUCCACCAGGCGCCUACUGCCCGACCGGGUCCAUCACGCCUGUGCAGUGUCCUCCCGGCUCGUACACGUCGGUGACCAAUACGGCAGCGCCAGGACCAGGGGCGUUUCCGAUGUGCACCACGUGUCCGUCGGGGUUCUACUGUCCCCUGGGUAGCGUCACACCGCUGCCGUGUGGUGUCGGCAAGUCAUCGCCAAUGGCAUCGUUCACGUGCCAAGCUUGCCCGGCAGGCUACUUUUGCGGCAGCAACACGACGGCGAUGGAGCUCUUGCCGACGUCGGCAGGGACGUGGAGCCUCCGCGGGUCCCUCUUUGGUCGAUGUUAUAAUGGCACGUACUGCCCUGGAAGCAUGAGUUACGAGCCCACGCUUGUGACAAAUGCGUGUCCACAGGGUUACUACUGCCCCAUGGCGACCCCAACACCCGUGUAUUGCCCCGCGGGUACAUUCAACAACGUCACUGGCCAAGACGCCCUCGCCGAUUGCAUUCCGACACCAGCGGGUUACUUCAGCCUGCCAGCGUCGGUGGUACCAACCGGCGAGUGCUCGCCUGGCUACUAUUGUCCUUCCAUGUCAACGUCCAACACGCAAGUCGCCUGCCCACCGCGCUAUUACCUGAACCGAACCCAAGGUCGCUCGCAAGACGACUGCGCCGUAUGCCCAGCAGGCAAGUACUGCACCAUCGCUUCCACAGUGCCCAUCGAUUGUCCGCGCGGCUACUACUGCAUCACGGGGACAUCGAAUCCCGAGCCGUGUCCACUGGGCACCUACGGCAACGCAACGGGUCUCAAGAUGAUGGAAAACUGUUUCACGUGCCUCCCCGGCAUGCACGAGCGGUAA